AUGGCUGCUGCUACACUCGGUCCUGUUGCUUCACAAAAUGGUCCUUCCUCCAACACUACUACAUCUUCCAUCACAGCUGUAAUUCGCUCCAAUGCUCCUAGCUCAGGAAUACAAAUAUUACAUCAACAAAAUGGCACAGCGCAGCAACUACCUAUAAACGCAAUGCCAUCCGGUCACCACAAUCAUCAACAUAGUUCUAGAUCUGCUGUUCCUGGAGGUGGUGGAAGUCGUUCUAGUACCAAUCGAAGUGGCUGGCGAAGGUCGGAGGAUCAGCAGCAUCAACAAAUGCAGAUAGGGAAGUAUCGCUUGAUCAGGACCAUUGGAAAGGGUAACUUCGCCAAAGUUAAACUGGCGUGCCAUGUGAUAACCGGAAAGGAAGUUGCCAUUAAGAUUAUUGACAAAGCGCAGCUAAAUCCAUCCGGCAGGCAAAAGGUGUGCUUCGUUUAUGACUAUUUCGACCAGUUGUUUGUCCCACUUCUUAUUGUGAUUAUUUUCCAAUUUUUUUAG